UCUGCAGUUUCUCUUUUGUUUCCCUUUAAAAGCUCAUGUAUAAAAUCAUUACCUAAUUUGAGAAGUUGUAGCUAGAAGAUAUUAGCAUGGAGAUUGUCCUUCUGAAUGCCUCCCUGUCAGCAUACAUAUUAUUAUGCAAUCAUAAUCACAUUGUUAUUUCCUCUUUUUCGACACAUUGAUUUUUAUUUUUGACUCAAAUCAGAGCUGUGCAAUGUACAGCUCGUAGACUGUGUGUUAGCUUAUUUGUUGUGUAAGUUGAAAGGGGCAUGAGAAACGAGAUGUAAUAGCAAAACGAGAAAGGACAGAUAAAGCCCAGUCUGCUAGGGAGAUCAGAUGUAAUACAAGUCAAAUUGCUUAAAUCAGACCUUCAUAGAAACUUACAACUUUGUUCUGUUUCCUGGGUGCUGGGCAGAAGGGGCUCAGAAUUGAUUUGUUGAAGUGCUGAGCAGUUGCAGCUGCUCUUUAGGCCACUGGCAGCUGUGCUUUGACUAUACAAAGUGCUAUAUAAUGUUAAUGUACUGAAAUCAUAUCACACAUCUCAAGUUGAGCACCCAAAAUCAGCAGAUUAUUUUCUCUCUGGCUCAGUUAGUGCUCUAUAAAAUAUCUUCUCUCCUUAUAUGACUGCUGUGAAAAUAAAUUACUAGUGUAUGUGAGUUGAAUUAGAUGCUCCAGUAGCAAAGAGGGGCUACAAAAACCUGUGAGUAAAUUAAUAGUUCUGUCUUUGUUGCAGACCCUGAUUAGCAUAUAGCAAAUGAGCCAUGGGAUCAGGCAGUUCUGUUUUACAGUAGUAUGUAGAGCCCUGUAGAAAGCAGUACUCCAUUUUGCUAGGUAAUAGCCACAAAAAUUUGCUCUGGAAGAUCUUACUAUGGCAGUUCAAGAGAUUACUGCUGCUUUCUACUGUGCAUUUCUGCCUGCCAGAGACUUUUGUUGUUACAGGCGGGAAGAGUAGAAGCAAAAUCAUGCUGGGCCCUUGGCCGCUGUCGUGGAUGGUACUAUGAUGCUAGAACUCCAGGAGAGGGUAACUGAACUGGAAAACUGGAAGGAUGGCAAAGGCCUUAUCAUCUAUGGUGCAGGAAACACUUUUUGCUCGGGAUCUGAUUUGAAUGCUGUCAAAGCGAUAUCCAGCUCCCAGGAUGGGAUGAAUAUGUGCAUGUUUAUGCAAAACACCUUAACCAGACUUAUGAGAUUGCCUUUGAUCAGUGUUGCACUAGUCCAAGGAAAAGCUGUUGGAGGGGGAGCAGAGCUUACCACAGCAUGUGAUUUCAGGUUGAUGACGCCUGGGAGUGAAAUUCGAUUUGUCCAUAAGCACAUGGGUCUGGUGCCAGGCUGGGGAGGAGCUGCCCGGCUGGUGCGGAUUGUCGGCAGCGGGGCUGCCCUCCGGCUGCUGAGCGGGGCUGCCAGGGUGGACCCCGAGAGAGCUCUGCGCCUCGGGCUCUCGGAGGAGACGUUGGCGUCUUCAGAUGAAACCGGAGCACUAGAAGAAGCCCGCGCCUGGCUGAGCCAGUACACAGAGGGUCCAGCCAGCGUGAUUCGGGCUGUGAAAAAGGUGGUGACAGCGGGAAGAGAGCUACCACUGGAAGCUGCCCUAAGGACGGAGAAGGAUAUUUUCGGAACUGUAUGGGGUGGGCCUGCCAAUUUACAGGCAUUGGUUAGAAGACCAAAACAUAAAUGACAGUCAAUGCAUAAGAAAUGUUCUUGACCUUUUCGCAAACAAAGCUUUCACUAAAGCAGGUAUUAAACGGAAUCAUUUGAGGACUUGUUCAUUUAAACUGGCAUUAACAUUCCUGUCAUUCACGUCAGGCAGACAUAUUUGGUGUGCAACAACAGAGAAAUCCCUGGCAGAUUCUUUACUGUCCUAAUCACCAACCGAAUGGAGAUUAGUCAAAUUAGUAUGUAAAGGUAAAUACUGUGCUGAGAAUAGAACUAUAAUUCUUUUGGAAUGAGCCUGAAGAUUACUUUCUUUGGAGUUUUGUUUUUCUGGCUGGUAUGGAAAUGAAUUGCUUGAAAGAUGUGAGGUUUAUUUAUUUGCAGGUGCAUCUAAGGCUGCAAAAUAUGAGUUCCCCAGCAUGAGACCGGUGUCUUUAAGCAGCUUGGAAGGGAUGAUAACUGAUGAGAUGAUAGUUUUUAUUUUUUCAUCUUCGGUCAGUUCUUUAUAUAAUUGUUGAGAAAGUAUCUAAGGGUACUUCAAUUUUAAUGAUGAUUUUUACAGGAGAAACUCUAACUCACUGAGGAGCUUAUAGCCCUCGGUCACUGACACCAGUUCAGGUCUUUAAAUGCAUUUAGGUGUCUCCUUACUGCUUGAGGAACCACCUACUUACACAUCUGCACAUUCCUGCAGCCUGGACCAGUGCUGCUGAGCACAUGGCAGAGCUGCUGACCCGAUUCUUUACACAGAAUCUAGUUGAAACCUCGAAAGGUUGUGAUGUAUCGUGCCCCGACAUGGGAUGUCCUUGACUGACUGGGUGGUCUGAGUACUUCAGCAUGCUGGAGAGAACCUGGGUGUGGAUUUGUCUAUGUCUUACUUCAGAGUAUUUUUACCGGUAGGGUGUAUUUGGGCUGACCAGAAGAUUUGGAACUUGGUCUCCACUUCAAGCCGGUGAAGCUGCAAGUAAUUAGAUAACUCAAUGGGGACAGUUUUUCCCUUUAGAAAUUAGAAACUGUCACCAAGUCCCUGCUUUGGCAGAUGAUUCUUAAAACAAAACAUCUGUGAGAGCAAAACCACACAGAUGUAUCCAUAAUGGGGAUUGAGUGCACCCUCAGUAGGUUUGCAGAUGACACCAAACUAGGUGGGAGUGUUGAUCUGCUUGAGGGUAGGAAGUCUCUACAGAGGGACCUGGACAGGCUGGAUCGAUGGGCCAAGGCCAGCUGUAUAAGGUUUAAUAAGGCCAAGUGCCGGGUCCUGCAUUUUGGUCACAACAACCCCAUACAGCACUACAGGCUUGGGGAAGAGUGGCUGGAGAGCUGCCUGGCAGAAAAGGACCUGGGUGUGCUGGUGGACGGCCAGUUUAACAUGAGCCAGCAGUGUGCCCAGGUGGCCAAGAAGGCCAACAGCAUUCUGGCUUGUAUCAGGAAUACUGUGGCCAGCAGAAGCAGGGAAGUGAUCGUGCCUCUGUACUCGGCACUGGUGAGGCCUCAUCUCGAGUGCUGUGUUCAGUUCUGGGCCCCUCUGUACAGGAGGGACAUUGAAGUGCUGGAGCGUGUCCAGAGGAGAGCUACCAGGCUGGUGAGGGGUCUGGAGACCAAGCCAUAUGAGGGAGCUGGGCAUGUUUAGCUUGGAGAAGAGGAGGCUGAAGGGAGACCUCAUUGCCCUCUACAGCUACCUGAAAGGAGGUUGGAGAGAGGUGGGUGUUGGCCUCUUCUCCCAGGUGAAUAAUGACAGGACCAGAGGAAAUGGUCUGAAGUUGCGGCAGGGGAGGUUUAGAUUAGAUAUUAGGAGGAAUUACUUUACUGAAGGAGUGGUCAGGCACUGGGACAGCCUGCCCAGGGAGGUGGUUGAGUCACCAUCCCUAGAGGUGUUUAAGAAACGCCUAGAGGUGGCACUUCAGGGCAUGCUCUAGUGGCAGAGAUUGUAGGUUGUUUGGUUGAACUCGAUGAUUUUACGGGUCCUUUCCAACCGUGAAGAUUCUGUGAUGACUGAGAGUUUCCUGUACUGUUGGUUAGGAUGCGCUUGUCUCUAAAUCCAGCAGGGGCUGAGAUCUGAGCCCAGGAACGAAGUACUCCAGGGGAGCCUGUUAAGGUGGAACCUGGACUACAUGGCAUUGACAUGCAUUCUUGCUCUGAUCAGGCAUAACUAACUCUAGAUACAUGCAACAAGCUUCCUUUAGGGAAAAGGAGGCGAUUCCUUGGGUGGAAAUCCAUGUUACCAUUUCUACAGUGUGGCAGGAUUAUGGAUUUUUAGACAGCAAGGUAACUGUACAUAUGUUUGAGGAACUUGGGACAAAUCAAUGAUGGGAAUUAGGUCUGGAUUGCCUGUUAAGAUCCUGUAGCUUUUGAGCAGAUGCUGUGCUCUGCUGGGGAUGUUUUGCUAUAUGGCUUUCACGGCGGGGAGUGUGUAUAGCCUGAAGCAACCAAAAGAAGUGCUGAAGAAAAGGAUAUGUUUUGAGCUGGCACCUCAGGGAGGAUAAGGAACUUACUCUGCCUCUGCCUUCACACCUGAAGCUACUGCUAGAGGAAGAUGUCAAACCUCUCUUAACCUCCCCCCCCCAAAAAAAAAAAAGAAAAGAAGUUCAAUUUUUACUUCCAAGUUAAAGAAGAGACAGGAAUGGGAACAUGGGGAAAGUGUUCUGGUUUGCGCCUCUUUCCCCGCCAUGCACCCAUUUUUUUUUAUCCAGUAGCUCAGCUGCUAGUGCCCUGUGUGGCUAUAUUCUUUCCCGUGCUCUAAAGGACUUCAAACCCAUUACUUCUGAAAUAUGAAUGUUUUAAUAUAGUCAGGCCGUACUUGACUGUUUAGUAAUGAGGCUGUUCUGCUUUUCAUGAAGUUCCUCAAGGCUUGUGAGGGAUUCCAGACUGCCAACAUCACUGAAUCUUCAGAGCACGCUCCCGUCCAUACUCCUCCAACUUUUUGAAGCAAUAGCACAUCACGUUGUCGUGAGUCAAAAAGUUAGUGCUUUAAAGGGUAACUGGUUAUGUCUUUGCUGUAAGAAGAAUAAACUUGCCAUUACUAAUACUGUGAUUAUGUUUUUAAAAUGGGUAUGAAAAUUGCUUAGAACGUGAGCAAGCCCCUUGAAUCAUUUUUGAUCUUUCAGGUGCCAGGCUGUAAGGCUCAUUAGUGUAUUCUCUGCACCGGGUGAUAAAAAUUUGAAAGGGAGGAAAUAGCAGCAAAAAAGCAGAAUCUGUUUUACUUGCACGUUUUGAACUAGACCUGUGCUGCCAGUAAGUGAAACUCUGUACCUACAUCUAUUAGGGGCCUCUUUCUAUUUUCAUUUGUAGACAAUGAGCUUGCUUCUCACUGCAGCAAAUGCAUUUCCCCAGCCAUCCUCUCCAAUUUGUAUGAAGGGCCAACGUUUGCUUCUAAGAACGGGACAAAUAAUUAACUAGUCCUGAGUAAGACACUUUCAGAAAAGGUUACAGAAACUCAUUUUGUCCUCUGGUCUGUUGGAAUCACAAAUACACCAAACAUAGCUGCAGGAGAUUCUGAAGGUAAUUGCAGCUGUUUGUUUUGAUCAAGGAUUUUAUGAGCAGCUUAAUACCAUAUUUCCUGGUUUCUCUUCUGUUUUAAAAACAAAUACAGUCCUUCGUAUGAAAACCAGCCCCACUAAAUUACCGUGAGUGCUAGCACGAGAGCUCCAGACUGAGUGAGAUGAAAUGGAAUCCCAUUUUACCAAUUUCAAACCUAAAUGUUUUAUUUCAUAGAAUACAUGCUUAUCAUCUUCAAGUGACAAAUAUCUGUAACCAGCAGCUGAUAAGCAUUUAUAUUUUCUUUACAAUUAUUUAAGACUACACGCUUCAUUUCAGUUUUUUGUUCCCCAUCAGAAACGGCCUAAAAAAACCCAAGUGCUAAAUGCACAAAAUAAAUUAGAAACCUGUGUUCAAAAUUGAUACUCCCAGUCUCCUAAUUACAUGGAGUGCUAGCUUUUGUAUUUCCUAGGGGCUAGGUUUCCUAUUAUAUUGUGAAAUACCCAUCCUGUUCCCUUGCCUCUGCAUAGUGGGACAGCCUGCGUGCUUAAUGGGGGUGUGGAUUCUGUCCCAAGCGUUUAAAGGGUUGAUGCUGGAUAUCGCUUUUAGCAUUACAGAUACUUUAUCAUAUUUGCUGCUGACAGAAAUAUACUUACCAAAUGGGCACCCUGGGUAAGCUAGGUGUUCUUUGCUGAAUGCUUGAUGCACUAUGUGAUUUUUUUUUUUUUAUGAUGACAUAGAAUUCCUGUAUCUGUGGUUAUCUGUUCUCCUGGAAAUGAAGAGAUGCGGUAGAUUUUAUAGGAUUUUAAUUUGCUUUUUCCUUUCCAUUCUGCUCCACUGUGCAUUUCUCUAGCUAUGCUGUACAAGUUUAAAAUCACUUAAUGCAUGGAGUUCCAGAAAACCACAUAAUGCAGUGUGGCCCUGGCUUAGCUAAAAUUGACACGUCUCCUGCUGAAAGCAAUGGUGUAAAUACAAGAUAGCAAUUACUGGUUACUACUUUUUCCUGGCUUGAUCGGGGGAGUGCAUAUGCCACUCUAAUGCUUGGCUAUUAAGCUCUCACCAACCUUACUUUAACUAAUUUUAGUACUUCACAGCUGCAGUCAGGCAGCAGGAGCCAAAGGCAGCAUCACAAGUGUUUGGCUGAACAGAGGUCUGCCUCUCUACUUGGCCGUUCUUGACCGAAGGAUAAUCAAUCACUGAUAAAAUUAUUUGUAGACUGUUUGGGCUGAAAGUCCUGAAAUUAAGUACAUAGCCAGUCAAGUUCUUGCUUCUUACUCUCUUUAACAGUACAUACCCUCAUAUGAAGUAAAAUACACGCACAUAGCAGAAGCGUUCUUACUGAAGGUUUCUGCAGCACAAAGUCAGGCUUUGAUUAAAGCCACUGCGUGCUAACUCAGAACAGAGAAAUAGGACAGCUGGCACCUAAUAAACAGAAGAAAAAACAUUCCAUCUUCUUUCCUUCUGAAGUCCGCACUACUGGCUUUGCCCAAGAUUAGACACAUCAGCCAUCAUUACAGUAAAAAGAAUAUUUUAGAAGUUUAACAUUUUUAAAACCAGUCUAUUUAAUUCCCUUCAAACAGUUAUAUGCCUACAGCACCUUUUGUAUGAAGAUAUGUAGUACUUUCAUGUAUCAGCUGCUGUCCCUUUCUAUUCAGGGAAACAUGUAUGAAGAAUUGGAGUUUAAUUAGCUUUAUUGUAAAGAUUGAGUCCAGAAUCAGCUGAUGGUGUUUCUCAUUUAAAAAAAAAAAAAAAAAAAGUAAACCAAAAUAAAACAACUGCCAUAGACAGAAAAGACAAGCUGUGCUUUUCAAGAUUCUAACCUCUAACACGCAGAAGUCAGUUUGCAGAAGUGGGGGCCGAUCCAGGAGAUGCAUUUCUAAUACAAGCACAAAACUACCUUUCCUGUGCUGCCACUACUUUUGCUACGAAGAUCAGAUAAACAGCAACAUAGUCCUUAACAUCUGUGUUCUUUGUUAUAGGGUCAAGUUUGAUAACAUUUGCUCUUUUAUGUCAACAUUUCUGCUGCUAAAAUAAGGCUGUGUGUGAUACUUCUGCCCACCAUAACAGUGAAGCAAGUUAUUCAGCUCUUCAGAUGAGAAGUGAGCGUUCAGACUGCAACUCAUGAUUUUUCAGCAGAAAGACAUAUUCCUGCAGUGCUGUGUUUGAGAGCCAGCCAGCCAGGGAUGCAAGAAC